CGCCCAGCGCAGGCGGGGCGCCUUCCCCACGCGCGCGCCCGCGCGCGGCGCUCCGGCCCCGAAAUGGCCGUGGGCACCGGCCUGGGCCCGCCGUGCAGCGCGUGCGGCAAGGAAGUCCUGGGCAAAUGCAUGCGCGCCGAGGGUGUGAUGUUCCAUCCCGAGUGCUUCGUCUGCGGCGUCUGCCAGGAGCCGCUGGGCGGACCCUUCAGCGUGAAGGGCGGCGUGCGGACGUGCAAGAAGUGCCUGCCUCCAAGGCUCUGCGGGGCGUGCGACCUCCCCAUCGAGGGCACCGCGGCCGAGCUGGGCGGGUGCGCGUACCACCCGGACUGCGUCAAGUGCGACGGUUGCGCGGAGCCCCUGCCGGGCAGCUUCUUCGUGCAGGGCAGCAGGCGCCUCUGCGGCCGCUGCUGUUCCACCGCCCGCGCCGACGCCGGCGCCGCCGCGGGGACGGCCGCGGGGACCGCUUCGAGGCCCGUGCGCACCUGCGCGGCGUGCGGCACGGCCGACGCAGGCGACUUCCUGCUGAGCCCUGAGGGCGAGGCGUUCCACCGCGAGUGCUUCGUUUGCCAGAGGUGCCCGCAUCCCCCCGCCUCUCUCCUUGCAUGCUUUUCAGGCUGAACGCUUGCCGCUGUCACAGCCUGCCCCGCCAAGAAGGACAGAGCCGUUCCCAUGGGAGGCAGAACUCGACGGUGACGGCUUGCGUCAGUAAUUCAGCAACCACCCGAAAAUGAUGUUCAGCGUCAGCUGGUGCGAAUGCAUGCAUGCACGAGGGCGCAUACUUCGACAGUUCCAACAAAACGAACCUGCACGCCUGGAGCACGACACAAACGAGGCAGGCGUGUUCCGGAUCAUAAG